AUGCCUUCUCCACCUUCCGCGAAUGUCGCUCACAAUGGCAGUGAUGGCUCUGGUAAACCGACCACAGCUACUAGCAACGGUGAUUCUCAGGGCUCCAAGGUCUAUCAGGACGAGAGCAUCAACCGAUUCCUAGCCGAUGGAACUCAACGAGGUCCGGUUGGCUUUGGCCCUGACCAAACACAAAGCGAGGCUGAGACUGCGGGAGAAGUUCGCAUGUUCGAAAAUCUGCGGGCUUUUGAUGUACAGUUUGGCUGCGACAAAUCUUUGAAAGCAAAACCCGAGCAAAAAUGA